CAUAAGUGUAGUGUAUGUGUGUUAUUGUGCAUGAGAGAGAUUCUUCUCUUCGUUCGCUGCCUUUGUUUUCCACCAAAAAUUGAAGAAAAAUGUUGCUGUUACCCAGUUGAUACAGAAAAGUGAAACAAAUUGAAAUCAUUUCAGAAAGCGGCGGCGUUUGGAAGAAGUUAUUGAACGAGGCAGCAAUUGUUGGAAGUCAGCGCUCCCCAAAAAACGAGUCAUACUCACACACACACACACAUACAUGACAUAUAUGCAUGCGACGUAUAUGCUGCAAUAGUGUGUGUGUGCAUAAUGACCACCCAGCGAACGCAUCGAAAUGCCACCAGCGCGGUGGUGGGAGGAGGGGGACCAGGAGGAGGAGUUGGUGAUUCUGAUUAUGAGACAUUAAUGCAGCGUCUACACAUUGGCAGCUAUCAACGUUCGCCCGGCGCCAUCGAACACUAUAUGCACGAGCCGCAGCAGCAACAACAACAACAACAUCAUCAUCAACAGCAGCAGCAACUGCAUCAUCAUCAUCAUCAUCAACAGCAGCAGCAGCAGCAACUAAUGCAACCACGCCUGCCCAGCAGCGAGGAUUACACGCUUUAUGAGCGCGGCAGCAUCAUAGCCGCCUCCAAAUAUGCCACAGCAACGCCCAAAACGAGCAUGGAUCACAUGCUAGGGAUGAUGGGCAACGGGGGCGGGGGCAGUGGGAGUGGCAACAAUAGCAGCAGCAGCAUGGGCAGCGCUGCCAUGUUGCAACAGCGUGGCGGCGGCUCACCUCACAUCUAUGCACCCACCGCUCAGGUGCUGGGCCAACGUAUUGUGCCCCAAAAGCAUUCGCCCGUCUACGAGAAUCUGGAGUUCUAUGGGCAAUUCGAUACGAAUCAGAAGCGUGCCCAGCCGCAGAGUCCGGCGAGCAGGCAGAGUGUCAUGCUCAACGAUUAUCUGUUGAUGCAACCGAUUGGCGGCGGUCGUUUUGCCCACACGCCGGUGCCGGAAGCGACAACCAUAGCAACAGUUGGAGCUGGAGCAUCGAAGCAUUCACAUCCACAUACCCAUCCCCAUCCCAUUGAGGAGCUGUCGGCCACGGCGCCCAUCUAUGAGAACAUUAUACCGCAUUCCGGGCAGCGAGCCCAGCCGCAAGCAUCGCCGGCCACCGCCAGCAUUUAUCAGCACACCGAGAUGGCCACGCCCACGCCACACAAUGUGGAGCUUAACGCCUUGCAGCUGUCGGCAUCAUCGUCGUCAUCGCCGCUGCAUCAGCGCAGCAUCAGCAGCAACAGCUCGGCAGCAGCAACUGGAGCUGGAUCGGCAGCUGGGACAACAGUUGGUGGCUUGCAUUCGCCAACGCAGCGAUAUCGCAAUCUGUCGCUGCCCAGUCACCUCAGUCCAAUGGCAUCGCCGGUGACGGUGGCAACCAAAUUGCAGCUGCAACAGCAUACGCCGCUGAAGCAGCCGCAGCAGGCGCAGCUGGGCAUCAAUGUGUCCGUCAAUCCCAAUUAUAUUGAGGACAUCAACAGCUCCGAUUACGUUUGCAUGACGGCCAAUUUGCAUCGCAGCAGCAACAGCAACAACACGAACACCAACAACCACACUAAUAGCAACUCGAAUAGCAACAGCAACACGAAUAGCAACAACACCAAUAGCAUUAGCAACAACAACACCAAGAGUCGCAGUCCCAACAAUGUGCGUUUGAGCGCCGCAAGUCCACAACCGCCACCGCCUUCACAGCAGCAGCCACUGCCACAGCAACAGCAGCAACCACUGCCACAACAGCAGCAGCAACAACCACAGCAAUUGCUGCAGUCGUCGCAUUUGCAAUCACAGCCGCUGCCCAUUCAGACGAUGGCAACAACAACAGCGAGCGCUGCGCAGCCGCUGCAGCUGCGUGCCACGCCCCUGGCAACAACAGCGCCCCUCGCUGUGGCCACCUCGCCAACGCCCUCGCAGAGCAGCACAGCCGCUUUGCGGCCUAAACGAGGUCUCACCAAGAAUCUACUGCCGUACAGCGUGACUCCGCCACGUCCGGCUGGACCGACUGAAGCGCAGCGUAAAAUCGAGGAGCUGACACGCCAGCUUGAGGAGGAGAUCGAACAGAGCGAGGAGCAUGGCGAAUAUUUUGGCAUCUGUCACACGUGCGGGGAGAAGGUGAAGGGCGCCGGACAAGCGUGCCAGGCGAUGGGCAAUCUGUAUCACACCAACUGCUUCAUCUGCUGCAGCUGCGGUCGAGCUCUGCGCGGAAAGGCGUUCUACAAUGUGCAUGGGCGUGUCUAUUGCGAGGAGGACUAUAUGUAUUCAGGUUUCCAGCAGACGGCUGAGAAAUGCGCCAUCUGCGGGCAUCUCAUCAUGGAAAUGAUACUGCAAGCUAUGGGCAAAUCGUAUCAUCCGGGCUGCUUUCGAUGCUGCAUCUGCAACGAAUGCCUCGACGGCGUUCCCUUCACCGUCGAUGUGGAUCACAAGAUUUACUGCGUCAACGAUUACCAUCGCAUGUUUGCGCCCAAAUGCGCCAGCUGUGGCAAAGGCAUCACACCCGUCGAGGGCACCGAUGAGACGGUUCGCGUGGUUUCCAUGGAUAAGGAUUUCCAUGUCGAUUGCUACAUCUGCGAGGAGUGCGGCAUGCAGUUGACCGAUGAGCCGGACAAACGUUGCUAUCCCCUCGACGGUCGUCUGCUCUGCCGUGGCUGUCAUCUGCAGCGUCUCGCAUUGCAAUCCUCGCCGCACACACGCCACCAGGAGCCCGUGUGCGCCUCCUAUCAGUAUAUGGGCUGAGCUGAGCCAGACUCUCCCUGCCUCCUCCCCCAAAAAAAAACGAGACUAGACUAAAAACAUAACUGAUGCAAGAAACGUAAACGUAAACCGUAAAAACUAUUCAACAAAUUUAUAACGCACACAACAAAUAUUUCGCAAUAAACGAUAUCCAAUCUUUAAUAAAUC